UGCAGACACAGGUGAACUCUCCUCUUCAUAAGGACUCCUGCAAAAACCAAAUCCUCUUCUGCAGGGCAAUGGCUCCUCGUCCAGAAUCUGGAGAUGGUCAAUCUCCCACUGUUGAUGAAGACGCAGGUGUGCUGCCAGCAUAUUCCACCAUGGACCUGGUGGACAAGAACAAGGAUCCAGAUGGGGAUGACCCCUGGAACCUCCCUGACCUGCAGGAAACUGGAAUGAAGUGGUCUGAGAUUGAUACCAAAGGGAAGGUUAUGCGGGUUCUGACCUCCAUUGCCAAGUUUUUUCUGAUGGUUGGAUUUCUCUACAUGUUUGUCUGCUCUCUGGAUGUCCUGAGCUCUGCUUUUCAGCUUGUUGGAGGUAAGGCCGCCGGGGACAUCUUCCAGGACAAUGAAGUGCUGUCAAACCCUGUGGCUGGCCUGGUGAUUGGAGUGUUGGUCACAGUGUUGGUGCAAAGCUCCAGCACAUCCUCCUCCAUUGUAGUCAGCAUGGUGUCUUCUGGAUUGUUGGAGGUCCAGUCUGCGGUGCCGGUCAUUAUGGGAGCCAACAUUGGAACUUCUGUCACCAACACCAUCGUGGCCAUGAUGCAGGCAGGAGAUAGAAAUGAGUUCCGCAGGGCCUUUGCUGGUGCCACGGUCCAUGACUUCUUCAACUGGCUGUCUGUGCUGGUCCUGCUGCCUCUGGAGGCAAUCACAGGCGUACUGUACAAACUCACUAAGGUUGUCAUUGACUCCUUCGACAUCCAGGGAGGCGACAACGCCCCUGACCUGCUCAACGUAAUCACAGACCCUCUCACCAACUCCAUCAUAGAGCUGGACAAAUCUGUCAUCAAUGGCAUUGCUACCGGUGACCCAGCGGCCAUGAACAAGAGUUUAAUCAAAAUCUGGUGCAAAACCGAGAAAAUCACGACUCUUGAGAAUAAAACAGUUUCCUCAGCUGACAACUGCACAGUCGGCGCCCCCUGUUGGGUGGUAGGCAACCAGACAUGGACCCAGAUAAAUGUGACUGAGACAAUUAAUCUAGAGAGAUGCAGCCAUAUCUUUGCCUAUUCUGAUCUGCCCGACCUGGCUGUGGGACUAAUCUUGCUGGCCGUGUCCCUGCUCAUCCUGUGUUCCUGCCUCAUCCUCAUCGUCAAGCUGCUCAACUCCAUGCUCAAGGGACAGGUUGCUGUGGUCAUCAAGAAGGUUCUUAACACAGACUUCCCAUUCCCCUUCGGCUGGGUCACCGGUUACAUUGCCAUCAUGGUCGGAGCAGGGAUGACCUUCAUCGUCCAGAGCAGCUCUGUCUUCACCUCUGCAAUAACUCCUCUUGUUGGUAUCGGUGUUAUCAGCCUGGAAAGAGCCUAUCCCCUGACAUUGGGCUCAAAUAUUGGCACAACCACCACAGCUAUUCUUGCUGCUAUGGCUUCUCCUGGAGAAAAACUGGCCAACUCACUCCAGAUUGCGCUGUGCCAUUUCUUCUUCAACAUAGCGGGAAUCCUGCUGUGGUACCCCUUCCCCUUCACUAGGGUCCCCAUCCGCUUGGCCAGAGCCCUGGGGAACCGCACAGCCAAGUACCGGUGGUUUGCAGCACUCUACCUCCUGCUCUGCUUCUUCCUCCUGCCCCUGGCCAUCCUGGGGCUCUCCAUGGCUGGCUGGCAGGUCCUGGUGGGGGUGGCCGUGCCCAUUGUCAUCCUCGCCGUCUUCGUCAUGGUGGUCAACCUGAUGCAGACACAUUGUCCGCGCUACCUGCCCAGCGUGCUGCGGACCUGGGACUUCCUUCCCCGUCCUCUGCAUUCAAUGGCCCCCUUGGACCGCGUGGUGACGUCUGGGAUGGGGUUCUGCGCCACCCGCUGCUGCUGCUGCUGCAAGUGCUGCCAGAGGACUGAGGAUGAGGAGGAAGGCGGGAAGGAGAGGAAGAGGAGUUUGGAGAUGUAUGAUAACCCAGCCCUGACCAAAGACGAUGAGCAACCAGGGGCUGCCAAGGAAACCGCAAAAUCAACACAUCUCUAACAAUCUCCUGGAUUCACUGGAACAUGUCUGCAACACAUACAGCAUCUGAACUAUUUGUAAAAUAUUUGUAAUUAAUUGAUUUUAUUGAAAUUAUUUCUUCUGUUUUAACUAUUUAAGAGUUUUUUCAUAUGUGGAUAUUUGUAAAUAAAUUAAAUGUGUUAUAAACUGAACACGA